AUGGAGGGCGUUUUAAUGCAUGCAUCAGCUGAAAAACCCAUUUCUCCCUACAAAUCCCAUAUCAGAACCCCAAACAAAAUCAACCUUCCACUGAUUUCUAGACCUGGUGAUCAGAACUUUUUGCCAUCAAAUCUGUACGCCGCCGGUGUUUUACGGGUUCCGCCACCGUUUCUCUAUCACUCCUACCCUUCAUUUUCACUCCAACCACCACCUCAGCCACCCCUUCUUCCUCUUCCCACCCCGAAUCCCCACCGCACCGCCACCCUCUCACGCGGCCACUCGUGCCCUACGCCUACGGUUAACAGAAGGGCAAAGAACAAUCCCAGAAAAUCAUCAAAAUCCUCCACAAGUCCCAAGAAAGAAGAGAAAAAAUUGGGAAAAAUAGCCUCAGGAUGUGUUACCGUUUCAUCAAAUAGUCCUUUAGGGCCAGACCCUAAAGAUCUGCCAAAAAAUGUUACAAAAGUUUUAUCUUCUCUAUCAUCAGGGAAUACCAAUAGAAUUAGUACUAACAGUGUUGGGAGUAUUAAAGUUAAAGGUGUUGAAAUUGAAAAGAUUAACAAGUUUUCUGGUUCAGUUGUGUUUACAAUUUCUCCACCACCAAGCAGUUUGCCUUUGCCCACUUUUUCAUUGAGGCCAAAGCGCAGCUGCAAUGCCCAGGCAGCCGGGAUCGACACCGGUGCUACUGACAAUCUCCGGCGACUUCUUAGACUCCCAUGA